GCCAAUCGGUUGUUUGUCGUUUAGCUUCAUUUGAUUUUGUUAUUUUCUAAUUACAAAGGCGUUUAUACUAUAUAUCUAUAAUAUAUACCAAUUGAAACCUGUUAGAUAGGUGAUUACACACGUAACUAAGACUUGAUGAUGUGGAAAAUUGUAAAAAAGAGUGCUCAAUUGCCCAGUUCAGGCCAUCAGCUGUGUUUUGUUAGGGUUUUCUCAGUGGGCGGAAAAGUUGGUCAGCAGGUGAGAAAUACUCAAUUGGAAAUUGCGGGAAAUUUGAGUGCUCGCAGCGAUGAAAAAUGGACACAAGCGAAGACUUAUGGGGAAAUGCCAGGACCAAGCAGCCUUAAAAUGAUAUCCUACUUUAUGCCGGGGGGCGCCCUUCGCAACACAAACCUAAUACAAAUGAACCGCCGUAUGAGGGAGAUGUAUGGAGAUAUAUAUCGUUUACCUGGUUUAAUGGGCAAGCCCAAUGUGGUCUUUACCUAUAAUCCCCAAGACUUUGAGACGACCUAUCGCCACGAGGGAGUCUGGCCCAUACGCAUAGGCCUAGAGAGCUUUAGUUAUUAUCGCAAAGUAAAGAGACCCGAUGUUUUUGGUGGCAUAGGUGGCCUAGUUUCCGAACAAGGUAAAUCCUGGGCAGAUAUACGCAACAAGGUGAAUCCAGUGCUCAUGAAGGUGCAGAAUGUCAGACAGAAUCUUCCACAGCUGGAUCAAAUAGCCAAGGAAUUUAUAGACAAGCUAGAAACCCUAAGAAAUCCAGAAACCCAUACCCUCCAGGCUAAUUUCCACGAAGAGCUCAAGAACUGGGCCUUUGAAUCCAUUAGUUUUGUGGCUCUUAACACUCGCAUGGGUCUACUGAGUGAUCAGCCAGAUCCCAAUGCCGCUCGUUUGGCCAAGCACAUGGGCGAAUUCUUCAACUACAGCUUCAAGUACGAUGUACAGCCCUCGAUUUGGCCUUUUUACAAGACAUCUGGCUUUAAGAAGUUUCUUGAAACCUAUGACAAUAUCACGGAGAUAACCACUAACUAUAUAGAGACCGCCAUGCAGCGUUUUGAGAUUAAAGAUGAUCGCAAAACCAAAAGCGUUCUAGAGCAGCUUUUGGAGCUCAACAAGCAGGUUGCUGUGGUGAUGGUUAUGGACAUGCUAAUGGCUGGCAUUGAUACUACCUCUUCGGCUUGCUUGACCAUCCUCUAUCACCUGGCUAAUAAUCCCUCCAAGCAAGACCAACUGCGUCGUGAGAUACUACGUAUCUUACCCGACCCAAAGGGAUCUCUAACCGAUGACAACACCAAAAACAUGCCUUAUUUGAGGGCCUGUAUCAAGGAGGGCCUCCGCAUCACCUCCAUAACACCUGGUAACUUCCGUAUAACCACCAAGGAUUUGGUGCUCUCGGGCUAUCAGGUACCCGCUGGCACAGGUGUGCUCAUGGGCGUCCUGGAGCUCUCCAACAGCGAUGAGUACUUUGCUCAGAGUGCCGACUUUUUGCCCGAACGCUGGCUAAAGACGGGUUCCACGCCUGAUGGAGUCCAGGCCUGUCCGGAGGCCAGAUCCCGAAAUCCUUUUGUGUAUUUACCCUUUGGUUUUGGUCCGCGCACCUGCAUUGGCAAGAGAAUAGCGGAACUGGAGAUUGAAACUCUAUUGGUGCGACUUCUGAGGAGCUACAAGGUCAGCUGGCUGCCUGAGACUCCAAUGCAGUACGAGAGCACCAUUAUUUUGGCACCUUGCGGGGAUAUUAGAUUUAAGCUAGAGCCUGUGGAUUAAUCAGUGUGAUGUAAAUGUGAUAUAACUAGUGUUGGGUAGGUUGAUCAUAGGGGAAUAAAUAAGGAUUCAUUACAUAAACUAAUAAAUUAACAAGUAAAUGAACAAGUGAUUAAGUGAACAAGUGGUGAAUUUGUUCACUCACUAAAAGAUAAACAAAUUCCCCUCUGAGCACCCUUCACCCUACACUAAUCUCUAUGUUCAAGUAUAGACAUCCUUUUCAGUUCA